GGUCGUGACGUCAUCACACCAGCCAAUGGGCGCCUUCCACGAGCGUCCCUCUGCUCUGCUAUUGGUGGGACCUCACAACGCCCCGCCCUCCUGGCCCAAAUGGCCGCUCCAUCACCUCGGGCGGUAGCCGAGUGCAGUUACGAGUGGCGCAGUUGUGUGUGGGUGGGAGACGCGGACGAAGACGGACGACGGACGGACGGAGCGCCACAGCAGGGCUGGCAGCUCUCAGCUCCACCGUCCAACACUUCCCCUGCAUGCCAACAGGAGAACAACACCCAAAGUGCCUCCCACAGCUCGAAGCGCAGCCGUUCUGCGCUACGCCGAGGGUGCUCCAACAUGUGCUGGGCUCAUCUGCCCUGGACUACACCCACGUGUGCUUCAACGCCACCAGCAAUUUGCAAGGGAAACGGAUAUGCUAUUACUUUUCAAAGACACAGUGUGACUGGAACAGCAGCAGGGAGCAGUGCCAGCGCCUCGGAGCUUCCCUGGCCACCGUGGACACGGAGGAGGAGCUGUCUCUCCUCGCAGGCCAUCUUCUCCAAGCCCUUCCCCAGCCUCGCUGCCCUUCUCCGGCCCCGCUGCAGCCCCUCCGCGUCCUUUCUGUGCUGAGGUGCCCCAAAGCGAACCCGGCACUCGAGGAAUUCGUGCAGCGCUACCAGGGCCCGAAAGACCACUGGAUUGGGCUGCACAGGGCAGAAGGGGACAAGCACUGGACGUGGGCUGAUGGCAGAACCUUCACCAACUGGUCCGUCCCAGGCACAGGCCCAUGCGUGUACCUGAGCAGCAUGGGGAUCAGCUCAACGUUCUGCCACGAUGACAAGUUUUGGGUGUGCAGCAGAGCCGACAGCUUCGUCCUAUGGAGGAAUGGGACAAAUCCACAUUGAUGGAUGCCAUCGGCGUCGCAGUGCUGCUGGGCAUCACUGUGACCUGAAGCUGCCUCUUCCCAGCACUGCUGCUGUAUAAUCAAUGGAUACACAGAUGGUAUGGAGUCAAUAGAUAUACAGAUAGUAUAUAUAUAUAUAUAUAUAUAUAUCUAUAUAUAUCUCUAGGAGCUUGGUUAAUAUAAUUGAUGUUGGAGUAAUGAGAGAAAGAUGAGAGGAAGUCACUCGCCCUGUCCUGGGCUCGCGAGAUGAACUCCGAUGGAGCGGAUCUCCAGAGAGCCCCUUCCCCACGGGCACUCAGCCCUUCAGUGGCUCUGGGAGAGGCGCAGCCGGGCUCCAGCCCUUCCUGCAGCACAGCCGAAUCGCCUUCCCCUGUGCUCCCGUGGCUGAUGGCUGACUCAGUGCUCGCCCCAGGUGCUCAAUCAGAGGUUCAGGCCGCGAUUCAGCAGCCCCAUACAGCUGUGCCCAGCUGUGUCAGGAACUGGGCACGACUCCACUGCACCCAAAGGGAGGGAGCUCCCAAGGUCCUUACAGGUCAGGGCUCACAGCAGGGUCCCUCGGCGCUGCCCACCCCCAGCUCAGGCUCUUUCUGCUCUCCUUCCGGGCCCCGCGGCGCAGAACGGUUCCAUCCCUCCCUGGUCUGUAAGCUUCUGUUUCUCUCCCUCCAUCUAUUUGAUCUCAAUUUCAAUUCAAUUGUAGUAAAUGAUGUUACCUCACAUUCCAGUAUCAUAGUUAGUAAAAUAAGUUUUUUCUCAUUA